AUGCAAACAGAUGGGAAAGCAAGUGAAAUAACAUCAGGAGAAGGGUGUUGGAUUUUCAUACAAUCUGUUGGUAAUUCGCGAUGCCGUGUUAAGAACAGCGUGAUGAUGAGGCUCGAAGCGUCUGAGAAACAGCAUCGCUACCACAAUCUGCUGGACGAUGAUCAUGCCAAUGAAAUGCUAGAAAGUGAAGGGGCGGGGCUGGCGGCCAGAGUAGCUGAACUCGAAGUGCGAUGUUCGCGACAGGCUGAGGAGCUCUUAUGUCUCCGGUCGACCCUGGCUGAUGCUCUUAGGAGACUAAACGCAUUAGAAGGUCGUGCGCCAGCAACUACUACAACUCAAAGAAAUGGUGCAUAUUCAGGUUCUUCAACAGGGACACCAACACGUGAACUGCGUGUCAGACAGCCGGCAUACCGGGAACCUGCUAAGCGAACCUCCAGCUACGGUUCUAGCGCUUCUUCUUUACCGCAGCGAAGAGGACCACAGCACCAAUCAACAGGCUCUCUGCAGUCUGAUUCGCCAGCGUCUUCCUCGUCUUUAUCUCCGGCGCCCUCUCCUUCGCCAAGAGCUACUCCAGCCCCCCACCACGUACCACAUGUGACCCAACCUUACAGAUCGCGCAAUAGUUCCACUUCAAGCAAUCAAAGUCCAUCUCCUGGAGCUACUCUUACUAAAAGAUGGAAUUCAACUGGUGACUUCAAUACGCAGGGCCUACUGCCCAACGCCAGGUUUACAACAACAAAAUCGUUGCUUAAUUUGUAUUCUAAGCCGUCACAAAAUGGAGCUAUUUUGAAACACGGCACCCAUACCUGUCAGUACAAUGAAGAAGAUGGAUCUAUUAGAAUGUACUUGCGUGGGCGGCCGGUGGUCCUGUAUGGACCCAGCGACCAAGACGCUUUGGACCCCGCGAAGGUGGCUCCACCACCACAGAAUAAACUCAAACUUGAAUGGGUCUAUGGAUAUAGAGGUAAAGACUGUCGCAGCAACCUGUACUUGCUGCCAACUGGUGAGAUAGUGUACUUCGUAGCAGCUGUGGUAGUGCUGUUUAACGUUGAAGAACAGUGCCAAAGGCAUUACACUGGUCACACGGAUGAUGUAAAAUGUAUCGCCAUACACCCGAACAAACUCAUCAUCGCGAGUGGACAGUGUGCUGGGCAUGACCGACUAGAUGCUAGGCCACACAUCAGGGUAUGGAAUUCUGUAUCCUUAGCUACCCUGGCCGUCAUUGGUGCCGGGCACAUAGAGCGCGCUGUGGCAUGUCUCACCUUCUCCCGUGCUGAUGGCGGUUCACUCUUGGCCGCCGUAGACGAUGGACCAGAUCAUACAAUUAGUGUAUGGGAAUGGCAGAGACCGGAUAAAGGACACUGUAUUGCAGAGACUAAGUGUUCUGUGGAUACAGUUGUGGCAGCGGAAUUCCAUCCAUUAGAUAGAAACCAGAUAGUAACCUGUGGAAAAGGACACAUUGCAUUCUGGACUCUGGACGCCUCGAAUGUGCUAUACAAGCGCAUGGGCAUCUUCGAGACUAGGGACAAACCAAAAUAUGUUACCUGUCUUGGAUUUAAUCAUAAUGGCGACGUUAUCUCUGGCGACAGUAACGGUAACCUCAUAGUGUGGGGUCGGGGGACAAACACGAUCCAAAAGUUGGUGAGGGGAGUACAUUCCGGAUCUGUAUUUAGCGUAUGUAGCUUGAAGGACGGCGGAGUGGUUAGUGGCGGUGGCAAAGAUGGGAGGCUAGUGCUAUUCGAUGCUGAGUUACAACCAACAGGAACUGAAAAUGUGAUCGAAGGUCACUAUGGUGGCGUAAGAGUUGUAGCAGAAGGCCGAGGCUCUCAACUCUUCGUUGGAACUACCAAGAAUUGUAUCUUACACGGAGACAUGGAGCUAGGAUUUUCGCCGGCCGUUCUAGGCCAUGUAGAUGAAAUAUGGGGUCUAGCCGCACACCCAACUCUGCCACAGUUUGUAUCUGGCAGUUGGGACCGCUUGUUACAACUAUGGGAUCCUCUCAGCCAUUCCACCGUUUGGAGUAAAGAUAUUGAGGAACGGGCUCAAAGUUGUGCCUGGUCAUCUGACGGUAGUGUCAUAGCUGUGGGUUGCGUGUCUGGCAAGUGGUUGGUCUUCGACCCUGUAUCCAGAGAGCUGGUGGCACAACAUGUUGAUGGCGUUGAACCCAUCCAGACUAUACAAUAUUCGCCAGAUAACAAGUACGUUGCCAUCGGUUCCCGAGACAACUUUAUCUACAUAUAUCAAGUCGAUGAUGACUGCACCAGAUAUUCUAGGCUUGGAAAGUGCCUCGGUCAUUCGAGUUUCAUAACCCAUCUCGAUUGGUCUGAAGAUAGUCAGUACAUAAGAAGCAACUCUGGAGACUAUGAAUUACUUUAUUGGAACGCCACAACCUGCCGUCAGAUAACGACGCCAACUUCGAUACGCGAUGUUGCAUGGGCGACGAACAACUGUCCUAUAACAUUCCAAACUGUCGGAGUGUGGCCUGAGAAUGCUGAUGGAACGGACAUCAACAGCUGUACCAGGUCCCAUGACAACCGAUUAACUGCAACUGGAGACGAUUUCGGAAAAGUAAAACUGUUCGCUUAUCCUGUAACACAACCAAAGUCACUCUGCCACCAAUACGGCGGUCAUUCGUCUCAUGUGACCUGUGUUCGAUUCCUGUUGGAUGAUUCUCGGUUAGUGUCUGCCGGGGGGCUGGAUUCAAGCCUCAUGCAGUGGGUCGUCGAAUAA